CUGACACGACACGUGACAGGACGGACAGGACAUCACGUGACAGAGACGGGCGUUAGGACCGGGAGGGCGGCGGCGGCGGUGAGGACGAUGGCGGCGGCCGAGGAGCCGAGCGAUUGCGGGGAGUCAGACCGCAGCCGUGUUCUCAGCUGUGAGGAGCUUUUUGCAGCCCGCUCCCGGGACCACAAGAUUCCUCAGAGAUCCCACGGCCAGAAGGACUUCUUCCCGGACCAGUCGGAAGAGCAGGCGGAGAAGCUGAGGCUGUGCCGUGAGGAACAGCGGCAGCUCCUCUCCGAGGAGCGAGUGGAGCGGCUAGGCAGCCUGGUAAGGACAGAAUGGAACAGACAGGAGAACAUUGUGGAGCUGACGUCCAAUGCUGGGAAGUUCUGGCACACCAUGGGACACGUGAGGCACGGGAAGCAGCUGCUGUAUCCUGAGGAAGCGCUGUACCUAUUGGAGUGUGGGUCCAUCCAGAUAUAUUACAGAGAGCUGCCUCUGUCCAUCCAGGAAGCUUACGAGAUCUUACUGUCUGCUCAAACUAUCCCACUGCAUCAUUAUCAGGUUUACAGUCACUUGAAAAGACUGGGGUAUGUUGUGAUGCGAUUUAAUCCCAGUGGCGUUCCCACGGCCUAUGAGCAGAAGCUGAACCUGGAGCCUCAUCUGAAAGCCUCGGACAAGCACCAGCGCAAGAGGAAGAGGAGCAUCAGCCCAGACACUGGCAGAGGUAAGGACUCCGACCGAGGCCAGGCAGAGCGAUCGAGGGAAGGUGAGAGGUCUGUGGUCGCAGAGGCUGAGGAAGGUGUAGCAAAAAAGAGCCAGUGUUUGGAUGGAGACGGGUCUCUCAAAGACAAGGUUGAACCGCCCUUAGAGCCCGGCCUGAGGAACGCAAGCAUCAGGCUGGAGAGCGCACAGGAGGCCUCGGGGAGCGUUGACGAUUGGCCGAUGGAGGAAUCCACUCUGGCGUCUCCAGGUCCUGUCCAUUCCUCUCCCCAGAGAGCUCACACGAGCUCGGUGUCAAUGAGGCGGCUGCGGUGGGACUUCAGCCAAAUAAGGUUCCCGAACUUUGCGAGAGACUGCCCGCACACCAACCUGCCCGCCCUGGACGCAGACCUUCUGCCAGAGAAUGUGGUUGGACAAGCGUGCGAUGCAGGUGCCUGGCGACACAAGCUAAACCAGAAGCAAGAGAAAAUGUCUUUCAGGGAACGGGAGAAGCAGGAGAGGGCAAGCAGAUACAAAACCGACAUCAACAAGGACAGGCGGGUCAGGCAGUGUGCCAACUGGAAAGAGUACAAGACUUUCUUGAAAUGGAAGCAGAACAGACACGAUGAGCUGCCUCCCCACCUCUGGAAGGACCAGGUUCAGCCGCUUAUCAAACCCAGACAAGUCACCUCACCCGGAGACCUCCUGCAACGUAUUGGCAUCCUGCAUUCCACUCGCCUCCUGGAUGGAGCUGCUUGCCUCAAGGAGUCUACCGAGAGCGUAAAAAUCACCUUCAAUGUGUACCAGGCUGAUACUGUGGCGGCUUUCCGCAAAUCCCAGCCCGGGAAACCCUAUUCAAGGAUGUGUGUUUGCAGCUUUGAGGAGUCGGUGCCAGACCUCCGCUUGAUGAAGGCACUGUCCUAUCAGAGUGGCGACGUGCCUAUUGUCUUUGCUGUGGUGGAUAGCGGUGACAUCUCCUUCUACACCUUCAAGGAAUUCAAACUGCCUGUGGACGUCUACCACUGACGGCGUGGCGAGUAGGGGAGAAGGCUUCCCCUUUUGUGCAUGAUCUCAGGGCUUUUGGGAAAUGUGAGUCUGGGUUUGGGGCGAAGACAUUGCUUUAGUCGGGGAGAUUUCCUUCUGCACAGAGAGAGUUUCUAAUGAUGUGUACGUAGAUUGCUGGUGAUGUAGUUGUUGAUCAAUUGCUCAAGUUGCCUAUUAACCUCUCUCACGGGUACCCGCUGAAUAGUUGCCUGAUAUCAUUAAAUAUCUCAGAUGACAUUGAGGGAAUUCCCCCCUCUCUUCCCCACCUGCAAAAGUCCCUGGCUUUUAUCAGACGAGAACCCUGCAACAGAUUCCUGUUCCAACCAGCAAAGAGCUGGUCAAACCCAUCGAUGGGUUGAAUGGAAUAUCUUCGACUGUUAGUAUUUGCUUCCUAUUCAAAUGAUAUUUUUCUAGCCUUCAUGUUUGCUGCAUUUGAGUUUAUUGGGGAUAAUAAAUUCCUUUAUAUUUUCUCUCGCCCA